CACACACACACACACACACACACCAGUUAAUAAGAUAGUAAGAGAGAAGCGAAAGAAGCUAUUACAAAAAGAACACAGUGAAGAAAGACCAUUCAACAGGCUCGUACUCGUCGACGGUGACAGAAGGCGUCGUGUCACCAACUGUCCACACGGGCGGGAGGGACAGGGACGGCUAUUUACACAAGGCUCCAGCAUGUCGCGUCCCGUUGUUCCACGCCUAAAAGUGCAUACUGCGACGUGGCUUCCUACGCGUUUGUUAAGAGGUUGAUUGUACAUUCAUUUUGCGUUUCCGAUGGUGUGGUUUAUGCUUUUGUAAAUGUGAGCGAGUUUCCUUUCAGUACUUGUGUUCUUUUUAAUAUGGGAAAAUAUGAGUUACAGUUGUGGCAUCAUGAGGAGUUACCAACUCUUGAUUUCCAGUGUUCGUAAUUGUUAGAUCGUUUUGGGAAAUGAGGCGGCAGUGUCUUAGAUUGGAUUAAUGCAUUGGUAGUGUUUAAUGCGGUAGCUUAUUUAAGCCAGAAAGUACAUUUAAUUUAUUUGAACCGAACCUGUGACUUCCCGAGCUCAAACACGACAAAAUGAGGACGUUCACUCCACGGCGACGCGAACCCUCGGCGUCGAAGUCAGCAUCUCGCUCGGAGAUGAUGGAGAGACCACACGGCAGCAAGCCUUUCCUUAAACGGGAAGGCUGCGAGGCGAGACAGCAGUUUGGGCAGCGGAUCUGCGGGCCUCCGAGUGACUGGGCGGGAUCGGCACCCCCAAGGGGCAGCGAGGUCUUCAUUGGCAACCUACCCCGAGAUCUUUACGAGGACGAGCUCAUUCCCAUCAUGGAGUCGACAGGGGCCGUCUAUCUGGCGCGGAUCAUGAUGGACUUCACGGGGACGACGCGAGGCUACGCCUUCGUCACAUACGCCGACCCGGAGGCUGCCCACCGAGCCACGACCUUGCUCAACAGACUGGAGAUCCGUCCGGGGCGCUUUAUCGGGUCUACCACAGCUUCGACAACAGGAGGCUGUUCCUGGGCAACAUCCCGAAGACGGCCACGCGAGAGGAACUGA